GGGCCGCUCGGAAGGAGCCGAAUCGGUUGGGGGAAGGGGGGCGCCCGCCUCCUCGGGCUCGUCAGAGGCGCUCCGCCCCCUCCCGCCGCCCGGCCGCCGGCCUCGCCGCCUGAGGGAAGGCCGGGCGCAGCGCGGGAAGGCGGCGGUGUCGCUGGAGCGGCCGGAGGCCUCUGCAGAAGUCCCCUUCGUCUGCACGUGGAAUGGUUUCCCUCUAAAGUAGGAGAUCAGAUGCCUUGGAGUUCUUAUGUCAGUUUGCACAAGGCCUGAGAUUCUUGAAAAAGUGCGCCUAGUGGAUACUGCUGCCAUUGCCUUGAUAAUGUUACAUUGAUGGAAUCAUGCCUACAGUUGAAGAGCCUUCAACUUUGCUGAAGAUAUGGUACAUCAGAAUUGAAUUAUUCUUAAUUCAGUGGCCGUACAGGACGAAAAAAAAAUGAUCUGGUUUUCAUAUACUUGAGUUUGUUCUUUGUAGCAACAUGGUUUACUGUGAAAAGUGAAAGAAGAAUCUUUCUGGACACUUUAAAGAUAGCUGGUAGGCAUAGCAAAAUGCUUUGUUUGAGGCAGGUUUGCUUGUUUACGCUGCGACGUUACCAAGCUCGGACUCUGAGUAGUGAUCUGCUUGUGAGCCAGAUAAAUAGCUGCACCCACGAAGAUGAAGUGUUCAGCCUUGUUGGAAAGAACAAGGCCAGGCUUUCUGAAAAACAUGUGGGAAUUGCAUUGAACGUGCUGUGGCAAUUGCAAAAGAAGAGGCCCCUUCUCUUAAGGACUAGUGACUAUAUAAGAAAUCACUCCCAGUUCCUCACUCUUUGCAUUUUAGCAGAAAACAAGGUUGAACACAUGGAAGAUGAGGCCAUAGUGGACACCCUAUAUAGUAUUCUGAGGCUCAAUGUUCAAGACCAUGAUUCUCUAGCAGAAGUGCUUGUUACAGAAGCAUGGAAAAGAUUAGAAAGGCUUAGUCUGCCAGCUCUGUCUAAAUUCGCACUGUGUUUAUACAAGCAACACAGACAUUUCAGUCCUGUAAUUGGCAAAGUAGCUCAUAUUGUGGACAUGAAACUGGAUUCUAUACAGGAUAUAAGGGUCUUGUCAGUUUUGAUGAUCAGCAUAUCUGAUGUUAUCUCACAGAGUUUUCGAGAUCGAUUACUACACAAGGCUGAACAGCUCUUGGAAGAAAAUGAUGAAGUCCACUUCAACUAUGCCAAAAGAAUUCUACAGUUUCUUCAAAAUGUUAAACUGAGAUAUCAUCCUUUGGUAGAAAAAUGCAACAACAUUUUUCUUAAAAGUGCCUCCCGUCUUGAUAUACACAGUAUUGGUUUUAUUUUUGGACUGUAUGAGCAGCUGGGUUUUGACAGUGCCGAAUUCCGCUUAGUUGCUAAACAGUUGCUGUCUGAAACUGUAGAUGAUCGUCAUGAUCCUGAAACCUUUGCAAAAUUAUUUUUUGCACUUGGGCCUAUGGCAGGAUCCAAGGUAAGAGAAAGGUUGCUACUAACUGCAGUGCACAUGGCAGAAGAAUUUAGCAGUCAACAAGUAUUGGUAGUACUGAAGACGAUGCAGAAAAUGAAAUGCAGAAAUUCUCAUCUACUCAAAAAAAUGGCUUCUGUUCUGCACAAACACUUGGAUAGCUAUCAUCUAUUACAGUUGGUAAAGUUAACACAGUACUUGGUGGCGUUGCGUUGCCACAAUCUGGAGUUGUUUGCCAAACUGAAAACGUUGCUGUUCGGUUUUUUAAAAUCUAAUGUCAUACCUGCUGAUACUGCUGCAAUAAUACGUGUUCUGGCCACGCUUCCUUCCUUUCAAGUGGAGGAAAUCAUUAUAAGCAAAGCAGCAGCAGUUCUGCCUCAAUGCAGGCUCCAUCAUUUGAAUUGCAUUGCUACAGCUCUUGUCAAAUGGAAUCAUUAUGACCAGUUCCACUGGCAAAACAAUUCUGAGCUAUGUGUAAAGCUGCUUCAAAAACUGAAUGACUACGGAUUUCAGAGGCUUCAGAAAGCCAACAACUUAAACCUUCUGUUGGAAGAACUUACGCAUGUGAAUGGAGAGUGGUUUGAAGAAGUCCUCAAAGAGGAAACUAUGGCUGUGUGUCAGCUCUUGGUAGACCAGAUAACACGGGCAAAUGUAUUACAGUUGUCAUUUUUUCUCAUAAAAACAAACGACCGUUGUCCUUCAUUACUUGACAGAAUAGCUUCUGUGACCGUUGAAAAUAUAGACAAGAUGCAUCCCUUUGAAAUCUAUUUUAUUCUCUUCCUUUUCUCUGCUCUGAAUUAUGACCCUCCUGCAAAUGAAGGGUUCUUUGAAAGUUGUAUCCAACAUCUUACUUCUAACUUGAGUUUUUUUGAAACUCACCAGUUGGUACUACUUGGCCAUGUUUUGGCAGUGGCUGGGUAUUUUCCUCCAGUUCUGAUAAAGAGGAUAUUUAAUGUUUCUUUCCUCAGCAAAUUGGAUGCUCAACUGGAAGUCCUGCCUCAUACCCUAAAGCAAAGGGUCCGCUUGCACCUCAUGAAAUUGAACAGAGCAGUCUGUCUGGAAUGCCCGGAGUUUCACAUCCCUUGGUUUCAUGAGCGCUACUGCCAACGUGUCUUUCAUAACAGCAGUAGCCGAAUAAAUCCACUGCGACAGCAUGUUCACAGGAUGCUGACAGAGAUCUUAGGAGGGAGCAAUUAUGCAAGAAUAUCUGUUCUCACACCAUACUACUAUGAAAUAGAUUUUGAGUGUAUUCUGGAUGAAAAUAAAAAGCCUCUUUCUUAUAUGGCUCAGCAUAUACCUUUGGAUGAAGUGGAGGGAAUACACAUGAGACAUGACAUCAACAGUGAAGGGAGAAUGGCUCUACCACCAGGAGCUCAGAGAAUUGCACUGGAAUUCCUUGAUUCAAAAGCUUUUAGCAAAAACUCACGUCACCUGAAAGGAGAACCUGCAGUGAAAAAACGACACCUGGAAAUGCUGGGAUACCAGGUUGUUCAGAUUCCUCACUUCGAAUGGAAUUCUAUGGGUCUGUCAACAAAAGGUGAACAGCUAGAAUAUCUGAGAAAGCAUUUAUAUGGAAUACAGUGAUGUCAGACAUGCAGUCCAAAGUAUUUUUUAUACAAACACUUCGGGUACCAUUAAACUUCUUGUAAUACUGGAAUACCGACUUUGAAAAAUCUCUUUGUCUGUGAGUCAGCUGGACCAAGGCUUGCCAUGGGGCAUCAGGUAUCAAGAGAUUUAAUCCUCAGUUUGUUAGAGAUUGCAAAAAGCAGGUGACAGUACGCCAUGAAGAAUGUGACAAAGAUGCUUAAAAUCCCCCAUUAUAUGGAAGCCAUUCUUGAAGAAGUACAUGAGUCUGUGACAGUUUUGCCAUAAAAUUACAUUAUUAUGUCCUAAAUAAAGCGCAGAGGCUUAGCUGGACAACUAAAACUGUCCAAAGAGAAAGUUGGAAGUACUCUUGACUGUGAGAGAGAAGGCAGCAAACCUACUGGAAACUAUGUCUGUCCUCCAGCAUGUGACAGAAUGAGCAAUAGGGAUCAAACAGUGUCUGUACUGUGAAACCAAGAAACUGAAAUGCAGAUUUACUAAGAAUAGGACUGGUAUUACAGCCGUUCUGCUUCCAUCUCCCAGAACAGAGGUACCGUGGGUGACUGUGUCGGGGGAGGGUGUUGUGCCAUGAGAAACCUCCAGCUGCUUCUCCUCCCCUGUGAUGUGGUGUGUGCAGAAGAAGUAUGGCUUGAACCGUCUGGAUACCUAAAAGAUAGGCUAGUUCUAAAAGUCUGGCAGCCACUCCGGGCUUUGCAACAGCUGUACUCCAGUUAAAGGCAACUUGGAAGGGAUUCCCAAAAGAUAUAUACAAGAUAAGGAAAAUAUAAUGCUUAUGGCAGACAUAGGCGCUGCAUAAUUCAUUAGAUUUAUUAUUACAGCGUUAUGCAUUGGACUAGCCCUUGCUAGUAGAAAUAAAAUUAAACAGACCAUCUGACCUGCCUGUUCUGUAAAUAAGACUGUGUCCAAAAGAGCAAAAUUAGGCUGAAAAUUGAAACUCAGAAUCAAGACCAAGAAAAGCCUUCAGAUUGUCACAACCGCCUUGCUUGCUGGGGGUGAAAUACAUGGCUGGUUUAUUUAUCAUGUCCCUCAACCAUCUGCCAGUGACCAGGCGUCCUGGGAUAGCACUCAGCCAGGGUUUGUCAGGAGGCUUAAGAUCCGGAGAUGUGGAAGGGAGCAGCGGGAUACCCAGGAGAAUGCUCACUGUACACUACAGAGCAGUCCUACUUGUGCAAAGCGGCCGUGUGGGGCCUGCAGCUGCUGUUCCCUCCUGAGCACUGCUGGCUGUGCCCAGCUCCCUCACACACACAAUUUGUAGCUGGUUUCUUGCCUUUUUAGUAGAAGCAAUAGACACUCUCUUUGCCAUUUCCUUUGAAGCCUGGCAGAGGUAAGCAGCUGCAUUUCCAAAGUGAUCAGGACGCAUCUGGCUGGCGCUUUUUUACCACGCAGUAGUAGAAGAAGAAAGUUAUUUUUCUUGACUUAAUACAAAUCUGGACACUAAGGAAAAGCAAUGAAAACCCAACAGAACUGAUCUAAGCUGCAAGACAGUCUCCUCCUGAAGCAGCCCUCAUGUUUGUGGGAUGACUGAAAAAACUAGUAGAUGGUUGUCUGCUUACACUAUCAAAAGGACAAGGGCUCCAAGAUGUAGAAGAUGAAUGCUUUGAGGAAAUGCCAUUGAAGGCACAGCACACCAUAGAAAGACAAUAUGCGCAUUAUGUUUUGUAUAUGGAGAAGACAAUGGAAGACAAUCAUAAAUACAGGUUAGGAGCUCAGAAGCUGGGCUACAAGUCAGAGGGCUCCUGUGGGACCCUGCUUGUGCACAGAUGGCCUUCAUGUGGCAACCUUGGAGCAUACGAGAGUUGACAGUGGCUGUAGCUGAAGUGAUCAGUCAUGGAUGGUUGUGUAUUUGUGCUGAACCCUUCUUUUCAGGCCUCCAGCAGUCACCCAGUGCCACCCAGGUAUGUCCAAGUUGUGUAUGGUUAAAGUUAUGAGUAUUCACAGUGGGGACGGGAUUAAAACCCGCUCUGAGUGGAUUCAGAAAGGGCAACUAAGAAAAGCAAAAUAUAGUGCAAAAGCACAGUAAAACGUGCUGCUUUUGAUCCUUUGCAGUCAUCCUUUCUAAAUGAAAUCAGCAAGUGUUAGAGCAGAUGGGCUGGUAUAAACCAGUGAUUUAACUGGAGCAAAUGAAAAGAUGCUAAAAACAGCUGAAGAUUUGGGUAUUAAAGGGGAAAACAGAAAAGAUGUCCCACAGCUUAAGUACAGUGUAUGGUGUACAGUAGCACACUGAAAUGAGCUACAAUGGCUGUGCCUGUGCCAUAUGUUUACCUCUGUCCCCUAGGAAGGCAAUGCAAGGAGUCAUUUGAUAGUUGGAAUUGCUGCUCAGUCAGGUGUGGUGGGCUUCUUUCCCAGUUUUCCUGCUACAUCAGUUGUAAUUAGGUUUAGAUUUAUGAUGUCCUUUACAUUUAUGACACCCUCUUUAUUCAAUGGAGAAAUCCUUUGAAGA